AAAACCAUUCCAAGUAAUUUUAUUGCUUUCAGUUUCAAUUUUAUAGAUCUAGACUCUAUGACCUCGUACGUACAUUUUUUUGUACAUCUAGAUCUAGAUCUAUAGGCCUAUAGAUCUACAUUAGGCAUAAAUCUAGAAUAAUCUAGAUUCAAACAGAGAUGGACCAGACUGCUCGUAAGAUAAAAUAUAAUCAAAGUUUGGCAUGUGCCGUACAAGAACUUUUUUGUGCUUACAUUGUUCCAGCUAACUUUUUGUCCAUCAUUCAUAAGCAUGCUCCUCAUGUGCUAACACCUGAUGAUGUUGCUCGCCUCAGAAAAAAAGUGCAUAAUUCAGGAAUGAUUGAUAAAGAAAUCAGCCAGGAAAUACUUGACUUGAUGGUUCGCUAUAAAGACUGGUAUCCAGCCAUUAUAAGGAUUCUUGGAGAUGAUUCCAUGAGACAAAAAGAUUUGAUUAGCUACUUCAAUAAAGUUAAAAAGGAGCAUGAUGAGAAAUUUGACAGAGAAAAUUUUGUACCUGUAGUUGAAAGCCACUUCGCAGAGGUCCCUCAAAAAUUAUCAACAGACAGUGUGAACCAUACUCCUAAUAAAAAGAAACCUCAGUUAAAACCCAGCCAGUCUGUGGAUGGAGCAUCUCCUUGUAGAGGACCUCAGCAGAGCACAGCCAAAAAUUCAUUGCAAGCUAAUGGAGACAUGCAGCCAACAUCAGACAACAAUCCCAAAAGGAAACAAGGGAAACUAAGGCCAGAUGUUGCUACCAAAGAUAAACCAGUCAAUCCAGCAACAAAUCUAGCUGCAGAGUCACCAGCUAAUGGUCCUCAAAAGGUAAAGGGUGGCCCGAAGAAGAAAAGUGACGUGGGUCAGGUACAAGCAGCCAGUCAACAAGCUAUUCCUAAUGAACAACAAAAGCCAGCUCCUGUGUUACAGUCUCAGCUUAGUGCUUCUGGUCAUGACAUGUCCUACUGUGACAUCUGCAAAGCCAAGUUCACGUCUGCUAUAAAUGCAGAAGAACACUAUUCUGGACAAAAGCAUAAGAGAAAUUUGGAAUCUCUGGAAAAGAAUAAGGAACCCACUAUUCAGCAAAGCGCUAAUCCACCACCCAGUGCCAUUCCAGCUCCUGAGUCCAAACCAAGCAUUUACUUUCUAAAUGAAAAUGGUCAAGGGUAUUGUAAUUUAUGUCAGGUCAAAUUCGCAUCUCUAAAUAUUGCUGAAGACCAUUUAAAGGGAAGUAAACACAAAGCCAGCAUUGCUACUUUAAAUGCCAAGAAAUAGGCUAUGACUCAAUGGUGCAUGUUGCCUGUAAAGCUACAGAUGUAGCCAGUGGAGUCUAGCUGCUGAUUCUUUAUUAAUUGCAUCAGCCUUGUUUUUAUGAGAGCAACCCUUUUUAUUUAAAUCAUUAUUGUUAUUAAAUAGGUGAAAACUUUUACAAACUUUUUUAUAAACAUAAGCUUAUUGCAAAUAAAAGUAUAUGCAUAGGCCUAUGCAUGUCACAAUUUUUUUUUUUUUUAAAUUAUAGUAGGCCUACAUAAUUAAAAUUAAAUGAGUUGAGUAAUUUACAUUUUUUUUAGGCCUACAUUUAAACUUUUAUUAGUUUCCAAAGUUUUUAGUUCCCAUUUCCUUUUUUUUAAAAUACAUUUUAUACAUACACCUGUUUUGUAUCAUUUGUAUCAAGAUUGAAUGUUCUAUGUAUUGUGAAUAUAUAUAUAGUACAACACGAGUUACUUAAUAUAUUUAUAGAAAUGUAUGUAAAGUUAUUGAUACUUUUAAAUCAUUUUAUAUAAUUCAAUAGUUUUGUUGAGAUUUUACAGAUCAAAAUAUUUAAUGGAAAUGUAUUAUGCCUAUGAAAAAAAGUAGAAAAAAUUCUAAAUUCAACUUAUUGUAACUACUUUGAUUUAAUUGAUGUAGUACAGUUUUAUAACUUAAUCCUUGACUUCCUUGAUACAAAAGCAUAUAUUGAAGGAAAAGAUUAUUUGAUGUAGCAGGCUCAGUAGAACAUUACAAGGAUGGCUGCCUGGUCGUGCGGUUUGCACGCUGGACUGUCAUUCAGAUUUAUCGAUGGUCCCGGGUUCAAACCCUGCCCGCUCCCAUCCCCUGUCGUCCUGCGGGAGGUUUGAACUAGGAAGUAAUUAUCUUCAACUCUGAAGGAACAUCUGAAACAUGUAAAACAAGGUCUGCAAAUGGUCUAAAAACUGUUUUAUUUAACAUCUUUUUUUCAUUAUAAUCUAUUUCUAUCCUGUUGUUUGGUCACUUUGGUAUAUGACUUUUGUAGAUAUUCAUGUCAUUACAAUUAUAUGUCAUUCAAUUGUAAGACACCUCAAAAGUAUUCCAGACCUUUUGUUAAAUCAGAUUUUUAAAAAAUUGCUUUAGCAUUUGAAAUAUGAUUAGCUUCAUUUAAUUUUUUUUUUAAUUUGAUAUCGAUAGCUCUUUACCUUACAAUAAACUUUGAUCACAUACAUAUCACUAGACCAACAAACUUAGAUCACAUUUAUCACUAGACCAACAAACUUAGGUCACAUUUAUCACUAGACCAACAAACUUAGGUCACAUUUAUCACUAGACCAACAAGAUCACAUUUAUCACUAGACGACCAACAAACUUAGAUCACAUUUAUCACUAGACCAAAAUUAGCUGCUUGAUUUCUAAAGUUCCAUCUUUGUGAAAACUAGGAUUUGAACUUCAGGAUUUACAGAAUGUUUCACCCAACUUUAAGGCGUACCUGACAUGUUGGGAGAAAGUUAGGGUGGUUAUGUGCUGGUCACAUAACACCCUAGUGAACUGACAGCCAUGGGGGUGCGCUCAGCUUCUGAACCUGGAGUCCUGGGUUUGAAUCUCAGUGAAGACUGGGAUUUGAAAUUUCAGUAUUUUUAGGGCUCCCUUGAGGCCACACAACUCUAAUGGGUACCUGACUUUAGUUGUGGAAAAUAAAUGUGGUUGGUGGUUGUGCUGGUUACAUGACACCCUGCUUGUUAUCAUUGGUCACAGAAACCAAUGACCUUAAUCUGCUCUAUAGAUCGCAAGGUUUGAAAGGGAACUUUACUUAACAAUGGCUGUUUGGUUGUGCAGUAUGUGUGCUGAACUGUCGUUCAGUCAUCUCGAUGAUCCUGGGCUCAUAUUCUGCCAUUUCCCGUCAUGAAUUGAGAUGUAGAUUAUCUUCAACUCUGAAGGAGCAUACGAAACAUGAAAAACAUUAAAAAUUUAGAUCCCAUGUAUUACUAGACCAACAAACUUAGAUCACUAGACCAACAAACUUAGAUCACAUAUAGGCUAUCACUAAAGGCUAAUUGACCUCUAGAACUGAAAAGUUGAAUUUUGCUCCUUGUGUUUUUGUUUGAAAUGUGUGUGAGGUUUAUUUUCUGGCUUUAGGGCUAGGGUUACAUAGUCAUCAAAAGUAACAUGCAUCAAUGGACACAUUUUAUACUUCAAGCACAACAUCAUUAGACACAUUUUUUAUCAUUAUACAUAAGCUGUGUGCAGCUGAUAAAAAAAACAUUUUAUAAAACUGUCCCAAAAGGAUUACACUUUUAUUCUACAUAAAAACAGCUUGUCUGGCUUAUCCAGUUCCCGAAUGAUAGAUGAGAUACAAGGUAGUAUUACAUAUGCAAUGACUUUUAGGGUAAGAACUAGUAGAGUUACAUCUUUUCAAGAAAUAUCAAGCUGUGAAUUCAAAAGUGUUUAGUGCUGUUCCUAUUUAUAUUUUUUUUACAUUUUGUCAUUGUGAUUAUUGUUUGAAGUUAUGUAAAAUAUAACAAAUGUUUGACUAUUCAACAUUCCAAAUACUUUUACUUUCAACAUUCCAAAUACUUUUACUUUUAUACAUUUUUUUUAUUUUACACAGUUGGUGACUGUUACACAUCUCACCAAAGUAGUUUCUAUAUAUUCAUGUAAAACAAUCAAGGAUUGGCCACCAUUCUGAGGUUCUCAUCAAUCUCAUGGCAUUCCUAACAACUUCAUUUAUUUCCUUACAAAUAGUUUGUGUGAUUAGGAAAGUGUGUCAUUAACUUGCUGUUAAUAAAACAAAAUGAUAAAC